AUGCAGGAGCUCUUCUACAAAUUGAACCAUGGUGCGAUCGUCAUCGAGGACGAGGACGAUGGCCCACUCAACAUGGAGGCCGCGCAGGCAUGUGAAUAUGCUGUCAUCUACCAGGAUCGCCAGGAUGGCGAUGUGUCUAUGGAGGAUGCACAGGGGGGCUUUCCGACCGGUGUCCCUUACAUACCCGCGCAGCAGCGGGGUCUUCACGAGCCCAUGACAGCAAACGAAGCUAACACGCAUGGUUUCGAGGGCUCCACACCACUUCCAGCCGACACAGCAGCAGACAACGAAGCUCAAAGCCCGCCUGCAGCAGCAACUGCGGCCCCAGCCCAGGAUGAGAUGAGUUCCAGCGAAGAAAGCUAUGCCAAGGCUUACACGCUGGAACAAGUGGAUGCCAUAGCGAAGGGACAGUCCUUCUCCGCUUUCUCCGAAGACCAGACACAAGAAGACACGGCAGCAACUGGCACCCCACCCAAGGCCACAUCACUGGACGACACUGCUCAAAGCCCAGUCGCAAGUCAAAGUUCUGCAGUCACAACAGCAACCGGAACUCUAGCUCCGCUGAAGACCGCAGCGCCCGGCGACGCAGCUCAAAGCCCAGUCGCAGCUCAAGGCCAACACGCAGCAACUGGGACCCCACUGACCCCAACCGAAGCCAAGGCCACAACACUAGGCCACAGCCACAGUACUGAGCAACGCAGUCGCAGCAGCGCCCGGGACACCAAUGCCAGCACCCCGCAACACACCACCAAGUUUGGCACCGUCCCCAGCGAAGGCCACAGCCACAGCGCCGAGCAACGCAGUCGCAGCAGCGCCCGGGACACCAAUGCAAGCACCGGGCAACACACCUCCAAGUUUGGCACCGCCUCCAGUGAAGGCGUGUUUCGGAUAUGCGAGGAAGUCCGAAAUAAGUGGAACGACAAGGUUCAACGCGGCGAAGUUCUGGAGAUGAUGAAGAAAUGCGGAGAUGACCCGGAAAUUUUCCAGAAGAGAUACAGCAUCACUGUGGAGAACGAGCGGGAGGAGCAGAUGCAAAUCCCAUUCGAGACGGACAUCGCAGAGGUCAUCAAGAGGGCAGAAACAAACCCGCAGAAAUACAUCAGGCACUCGGCUCGCGCCAAGUACCAGGAGCACCAGGAGGUGGAGGCACAGGCAGAGGGCAUUCACAUGGACCUCUCCUUGGAUUUGCACUCAUCACACUGCGCUCCCACUCAAAGUGAGAUCUCGGCCGCCUCCCAAGCUCUGAUGUCGCCCGAAGCCAAAGAAGAAUGGGACAGGGAAGCCACGAACGUCCUCAAGAAGCUGGGGUUCCCGAUGGUGGAAAGCUUGAACACCGAAGGCAUUGCCAAGCAGAAGCAGCAGCGUGCUAGCAACAGCACGACAGAUCAGAAAGGAAGCAUCCAGGAACGGAUGCUGGCGAAAGUCAAGUUGGUGUAUGACAAGAUGGAGAAUCUCGUGGAUCAGUUGGGGGACCUGCAAACAGAAGGUUGCUUUAGCCAGUUUAUUUGGGGUCUGGGUAUAGCUGACGCUUCUGAAGUGGUGCAGUUCGAAGGUGAGCCGGACUUGAUGCAGCGAGCCGCCUUGGAAGCCCUGGCGCAGAGCGUCGCUGAUGGCGCCGCGGGUCGCUUGGCUCGUGCUUUCACAGCAUCCGGCCAGCAGACCUCAGCUGUUCAUGCAGCAGCUAGGAUCUCGGAAGCCAACGGGGAAAGGGACUCCCAGCGUUUGUUUCGGCGUUUUAAUAUGAUCUUGCCUGUUCCUAGGUCAAGACUGGAGGUGACAGGGAGCGAGGAAUCACGACCAACCCAAGUCCCUUUCCUCAAGCUAAGUGACUAUCUGCAAGUCCUCCUGAAAAAGCACCCCAAGCUCAUCUUCGGGGGUAAGGAAAAAGGCGAGGCAGCAGAAAGACUGCUGGAGCUUUUUUGGGAGCGCUACAGGCUGGCCCAUCCGGGCCACAUCGCAUUUCAGAAAUGCACUGCAGACGAGCUGCGGUUCCUCAUACCACUGCAGCUUCACGGAGAUAAAGGGCGAGGUAGGCUCUCUUGGACCUGCUCCCAGAGGGCCCGGGAACAUGUCUCUGCAGUGGAGGUGCCCAACGAGGACACAUGCUCUUUGAAGAGACGUAAGUUAGACGACGGUGAAUUUGUUGAGUCGCUCCAGCACAACAGUCGUGGGCAUUCCUUCCUCACACGCUUUCUGAUCAGUGCAAUUCCUGCGAAGGUUUUUCGGCCGAAUCCUUUGGUCAUUGAGUCUCUGUUCAGCGAGUUGCAAAAGGAUUUGUGCCACUUGUUUGAAAGCGGCGUGGUAGUCGAGGGAAUUACCUACAAAGCAUGUCUAAUAGGCGUGAAAGGGGACAAUGAGUUCUUGAUGGAAGCUGGCCGAUUCAAUCGGCACUACGCCCACGUUGGCACUGUCCAUGACAAUCCGAUGUGUCCAUAUUGUCUUGCUGGAACAGAGGGGGUUGAGUUCAGCGAUUUCUCCGACCGCCCGGUGUGGGCAAGCACACUCUAUGACACCGAACCAUGGGAUGCACCCCCCCCACUGGUCCUAGCACCGUUCGCCGAGCACGAGCGCGCCCGGUUGUUCCGCAGAGACAUGUUCCAUAUUCUCAAAUAUGGCUUCCUGAAAGACCUCUGCGCUGGCGCACUGUUCUUGCUCUGUCGAAUGACAUACUUCGACGAUCCCCUCGGAGGAGAGUCGCUAGAGCAGGAUUGCAGGCUCGGUCGGGCCUAUGGGCUGUUUUCUUUAUGGUGCCUUGCCGAAGGCAAGGCCACAACCUUGAGAAGGUUCAGCAAAGGUAGUUUGCACCGAAAGAAAGCCACGCAGUACCCCUUUAUCGGGGGGAAGGGAGCUGACACUGUCCUUCUCAUGCAGUUCUUGCACUUUUUCGUUGCGCUUUGCAAAAAGGACAUGCGCGUGCCCGGUGACUUCCACGUCCUCCAUGCUUUACAUGAGACCCUGACUGGAGCUUUGGACUUUCUGGGCAUCAUGCACUCGCAUGGCAUUUUCCUGACGCUGGAGUGUGCAAGGCUGCAGCAUAGUUUGUAA